AUGGAACAGCAUAGAGUCUGCAUCUUAUCCAAAGAGGAAGCACGGAGUCCGCUAAAUCUUGAAGACUACUAUGACAUUGAUCGCAAAAUGUCAAAACCAGGCUUUAAAACCGCCGACGGUAAAUUUAACUGGCACUGUAGUUGCGUUAGUAGCUACGUAACUGGCCCUUGUGGGUAUUUCUUCCGCAAAUUUCUGUCGAACAUGGAACGUUUCAUGAGUGCCACAGAAGAUGGACCCAACGAAGAAGCCAGGACGUCUUUUGAGAAAUAUUACAAUGAACUGACCACAUGCAUGGGCAAAUACCCUAAGUAUUAUCAGCCGAUUCUCGAGCAGUAUGAAUCGAGUUUACAGGACAUUUUAACCGAACAGACCGACUCAUAG